AUGCAUCCACAUCUGGUCGGCGAGAGCAAGUUGCAACACUGCGCGCAUCUCAUUCAAGCUCUCAAUGAGUGCCAUGCCAAGGGAAUGUGGCACAAGAUCACAGGCGGCUGCAACGGCAUCAAGCAUGACCUCAACAUGUGUCUUCGGCAGGAGCGAGUCGAACGGCAGGCAAACCACGUGAAAGAGUCAAGAGAGGGCCGCAGGAAGACCGAGCAAAUAUGGAAGCAGAUUGACGAAGAGUCGUAA